UUUCACACGGCCCACAGGAGCCUGGCCCCUGGCUGCUCGCAGGCUAAGGGGCACCCACAGCUGUUCGCAUUGCUGCAGAGACACGGCCGUGCUUGUAAAGCCAAAGCACCAGGAGCUGGAUACAACCAUGAAUGUCAGUUUCAUUUGAUCUGAACACUCUUCAGAACCAUGGCACAAUACAGGUUCACCAGCAAAUGGGACAUUGCAGCAAAAUAUCUGUCAAAGGGCCGACCAAAUAAAUAACGAAAGAGAAAGAGAGGCACAGCCCCAGAGAAACCAUGGAGGAGGAGAGCAAGUUCUGCAAGAACUGUAAACGAGAUGUGUCUGCUGCCAAUUUCUCUCUCCACGAGGCCCACUGCAUGCGGUUUCUCGCUAUCUGUCCAGAAUGCGAUGAACCUAUUGCUCUAAAGGAGAUGGAGGAGCAUCAGGAAGAAGCACAUAAGCAGGUCAGAUGUAAACUGUGUCACCAAAGCAUGCAGAAAUACCUGCUGGAGAAUCAUGAGUCCAAUGAAUGUAAUGAGCGAUCAAUGAAAUGCACAUUCUGCGAGCUGGAAAUGCCCUUCAAUAAGCUGCAGAGGCACCAGGAGGCCUGCGGUAGUCGCACGGAGCUCUGUUGGGAGUGUAACAAAUACAUCAUGUACAAGGACUUGGACAAGCACAAAGACGUUUGUCAGAAUGGCAAGAAGCUAUCAAGCAAUGGUGAGAUGCACUAUCAACCCAGUGAGGAGUCUCCUCGUCAGACCUCGAUUCUCCCACCCUCAGGUCUCAGUGACAAUCUUUGUCAGCAGUGCAAUAAGUACUUCCCAGAUGACCAGUACCUCCAACACUUGACCGAGUGCAGCCCGCUCUCCAAACUCGCGGAUAUUCUCGCCAGACAGUCAGUUACAAAAUCCCGCCCGCUCCCACCUGCCUCUCUGGUUAAGUCUCCCCGCCGUGAGAAUGCAGCCGUGGCGUGGAAGGACGUUCGCCCGAAGCGGAAGGAAAAGGACUUAUCUUCUGCCUCCAGGCCCUCACUCAAGCCACUGAAGAACAAAAAGUCAGCAGGCCGCCCUGCUUUCACUGCCACAGUGGAUCCCGUACUGCCGAAGGCGCUUGAAGACCCAAUGACUUACGAUGUGUUGGUGACCUGUUCCCAGUGCAAUAUCCUCCUCCCAGGUCCGACUCUAAGGAAGCACGAGAAAAAAUGUCUGCGUCUAGCUUCUUUGCAAAAUCUCAGGAGGAAACCAAAAUGGAGUCCUGGAAAACAAGAGGAGCCUUUCUAAGGCACUCCUGGAAGAAACUGGAACCAGAGACGCCCCACCAGACCCCAGGCUUCAGUUCAGCGCUAGUAACGGCAUUCUAAACACAUGGCUUUAUACAUAGCGAAUAAAAGCGUCAUGCUUCCUACACUAGACUAAGAACAAAGAACCAUUCUCGGAAAUUUAUUCUGAACCAAAUAGGCUCAUCUUCAAGCUCCACCAUAAAGCUCUGCACAGUUGUGCCCCAACGAGUGCCAUCCUUUUGGGCAUUAACAUGUAGUCCCUCCUUAGGGACUCACUUGUUCUCUGUGCCCUGCCUGUUACAAGAGUGGAGGUUAAAGAUCCCAUUCUCCUCUCAGCUAUAUUGGUGUGUCGCGGCUGAAGGUACAGUAACGUAACAGAAGUACUUGGCCUUCAGUGCUUCCACUGAAGCCUUCAAGGUAUUGGCUUUCAACUUUGACCCUAACUUCCCAUAGUGAUCCAUCCCACACCACUAGACAGGUUGUACUCAGGUCUGCUGGGCUCGUUCACAGCCCUUCUCUUCCAGCCAACCACACACACACACACACACACACCUCACCACUGAGAGCAGCCUAUGCAUCAUGGUCACUUACUUGGGAAAAUAUUUCCCCUCAAGGAAUUUAGAAGCACUAUAGAUGUAUUGGGCCCGAUGCUGAGCAUCUGCCAUUCCCAUUGACUUCAGUGAGAGCUGAGGGCCUCACUGCUUCAAGGUUCGGCCCAGCACAACAAAGGGCUAAAUACUGGUCUCAUUGAACUUUAUGGGAGCUUAGCCAUGGAUUGCAGGACUGUAGCCCACACGGCUUAGCCCCCAAGUGCUGAGCACCCUCAUUGGAAGAUGAGUGUUCAGUCCCUGGUACUACUGAGCCCAAACUGCUUCACCUUGAACUGACAGAGGCAAAUGGUGGAAAAGUUAAAUCUCCAGCGCUAGUGGGGGUUGUAUAUUGAGGCAGAUGUUGAACUCUAGUCGAGUGGGAACAAAUAAAAAUGUUAACUGUGAACACAUAAGGUUAUUUCAUUGGUACCAUGUUUUCCCUGCGCUGGAGUGCUCCUUGCGGUAUGUGAUCCUAUCCACUGGUUGCUGGAAGCGGAGUGCAGCAAUCAAGUGAAAUUGUUUGCUAAGUGCGUUCUCACCCAGUUCAUCAAUCCAUUUGAAAAUGAAUGUUGAUUUAUGUUAUCUGAAGAAGCCAGACUGCCAAGCCACUAAAACGUGACCGGAUACCCUUUGCUUCCCAUCUCAUGUUCUCAUCAGCAAAACGUCCAGCUAUCAGAAUGAACCAAGUUUGACUAUCGAAAUGAGACCUACAAGAUAGCUCUAAGCAGGAUGGGAUUUUCCAAGGCUGCCAGCACUAGCCAACUCAUUGCUUCCACUGAAGUCAAUAGCUGACUUUUAAAGAUGUCCAUCGCUUUUGACAAGCCCAUCCUAAAUAUCUGCUGAACAACUCCAUGUUAUGGAAUAUAGAUAGCUACACAAUUGUUUUUUGGGGGGGAAUGGGUGUGUAGCUGGGGUAUAAGGGCUAACUCACACUCUGUAGCAGUUUCUUACAUUAUUUUACAUUCAGUGUUUGUUUUACAGGUGUGCAUAGGAUAAUAAAUUUAGUAUCCCAAGUCAUUGUAAUGUGCAAAAAUCC